CCGCCUUGAGCAUCGGCCGCUUCUCGAGGCUGCCUCGACAUCAUCCAGCAAUAAUUAAUUUUGUCCCCCCAAAAAGUUCAUCAACAGAUGUUUAGUUACGUGUUUCCCUUACUCUAGUGUCUGCCAAACGAAUUCAUCAGAUAUUAAAAGCAUCCGGGCUCGGAAGGCCCGAAAAAUUCAGCACGUUCGAUAACCCAAGGAAACGAAGAAAAAAAAUAUCCUGUGGGCAAUGAGAUUGUGAGGUGGAAAGUGGUGAUUUUAAGUGAAGGAAUAUAUACAUAUAUAAAAAUAUAUACGUAAGUGUGAGGCCAAUCCGCAUCACAAGCGGUUUCGUCCCCCAGUUCAUGGACUUAUGUUGUUUGAAACCAAAAGCACGAACUGUAUUGUUUAAAAAAAUUUACAUAAGGUUUAUAAAUACGUAAAAGAAUGCGAGGAAAUGCCGAAGGAAUACAUCUGGGUCAGGCUCAAAGUUUCAAGUGAUUUCACAGGACAUCAAAUAAUUUAAAUGCAGAAAAUAUUGAGAAGAGUUGGUUAAAAAUGAGAAUAAAAACUUUUCUAGAGCCAUUGUUACUAUUUUGCCCUCAGUUUUCUCAAGGACUGCUUCAAAAAAUGGAGUAAUUGCUGAUAAAACAGAGAAAAUUUAUCGAUAAAAUGUACUUGUCAGUUGGAAACAUAAUUAAUUGUUGUCUUCAUGACUCACAAAUGGACUAAACAAUAUAAUACAUCGUGUUUUUCAACCGUGAGACAAAUGCCAAAAGCCUGAAUGUAAUUGUUGUCAACUGUGGACAUUGUUUAUAAAUCAUUGUUUCGUUUUUAUCUGCAUAGCUUUUGGCCACAGUGGCGUUUUCAAUAACAUUGACGUAAAUAAUGCAAAAUUAUUUGAUCCUAUCGAGUCUUAUAUGUCAGCAAUUAUGGUGUUAUUAUUUUGUGAAUUGUAUGGAACUAUUUUGUCGACGUGAAAAAGGACAUUUAUUAACGGACUGGGAUCCCGGCUGAGAGACCGAAAAAAUUUAAUAAUCAGUAUAAAAAAAUCCAUAAGUAACUGGAAAAUAUUUAUUGAUUGAAAAAUUAACAGCUUGAAUUUUAAACCAAUAAAUGACUCGUUAAUUAAUCGUAAUAACAACAAAAAUGGAGAAUAACGUUGAUGGAGACAAUUUGAACCUGAGUUGCGGAGAAAAUGACAUGGGGGAUGAAUUGAAAAUCGGUGCUGACGAGACUUACGACACGAGAAGCGAGGUAUCAUCGAGCUCAUCAGACUCAGACUCCACACAACCGAGUAUCAGCUCAGUCUCCACUAAAUCAUCUCGGGGUGAUAACAAGCGAAAUCGUAGAACUCGUCUGGGUAAACGUGCUCGUUCGCGUGAUUCUAAGUCAUCGAGUCCAGAGGUAAAACGCGCCAGAUCCAAGGAUAGCAAGGGCACACCGAAAAACUACGACUACACGACUAAACUCAAUUACUUGUUUAGAGAUGCGAGAUUUUUCAUCAUCAAGUCCAACAAUGCGGAGAACAUCACGCUGUCCAAGGCCAAGGGGGUGUGGAGCACACUUCCUCAGAAUGAAGCUAAUCUCAAUCAGGCUUACAGGGAGUCGAGAAAUGUUCUGCUUAUUUUUUCGGUCAAGGAGUCGGGGAAAUUCGCCGGCUUCGCCAGGUUGAGCACUGAGUCGAGGAGGGAUGGAGCACCUAUUUCAUGGGUAUUACCACCAGGAUUGUCAGCAAAGGCACUAGGUGGUGUAUUCAAGGUCGACUGGGUAUGCAGGAAGGAAUUACCAUUCACAUCUACUCUCCAUCUCUACAAUCCCUGGAAUGAUGGGAAACAGGUGAAAAUUGGUCGCGAUGGUCAAGAGAUCGAGCCUCGAGUUGCUGAGGAACUCUGCAGAUUAUUUCCAGAGGACGAUGGCAUCGAAAUGACUCCAAUCCUCCGCAAGUCCAAGGAAGCAGCGAAGAACGUGCUUAAAUCGUCCAGGAGAACCAGAAUUACCCGUCCAGUUGGUGUGUCAAGAUUUCUGAGGACACGUGGAGGAGCUCGCGGUGGCAGGAGACUUUUCUUGACCUCGAGGUCUCGUCUGGCUUCAUUAGCGAGGAGUGGACAUUUACCUGAUCAGAGGGGACCUGGCGACUAUAAUCAUCGGUAUCCUUCGUGGUUCAGUCGAGGAGAUGCACCCUAUUCCAAGAACUACGGGGCUUCCAGUAUUGCAGCAGCAGCCGAGGCUUACGUCGCAGACUACAUGCGAACAAUGCAGCAUCAAUUACCCCCAUUACCCCCGUACAACACCUCUCAUCCGUACGAUUCCAUACCACCUCCACCUCCACCCCCACGUUAUUACGACGGCCUACCACUGUACACUGGCUCAAGUUCAUUGGACAAACGAAGUUACGAACGCAGUGUUGACGAGUUCCUGUGGAGAACAGCCAGUCGUCACAAUCGUCACAGCGAACAUCGCUCCUCUCGUGAUCAUCACCACAGGCACCGCGAUCGCAGAUGAAUCGAGUGAAAACCUAAAGUCAUUCUUACAAUUUUCGAUUAUCUUGAAUUCAACACAAAUUGUUCAAUCGAUGUUACAAUUUUCUGCAUAUCUCGAAGGGAGAAAUUAUUUUGAAACUUAGGCAUUUGAUUUAUUUGUAAACCCACUACGAAAACUUUGAGUUUAUUGUUUUUUUCGUAUCGAAUAUGACGGAGUAGAAGUGAUGGUUCGUUGGCAAACACUGCCAAUUGAGUGUUUGUGGUUCAACUUUAAUUUGAAUAUGUGGAUGAACGAGUGCUUGAAACUGAUGAAUAAUUUAAUUCAUAAACGAAUAACAUGCAUAAGAGAAUACAGGAAUAAUCAGCAUCGUGUGAGUCUUGGAUGGGUGAAAAACAAAUUUUCGCUGGUUACUAUCGUAAAUUAAAACAUACGUACUCAAUUUUUUAAGCUACGCAGUGGAAUAAACGACAAUUGGCAUUCGCAAAUA